GGGGGACAGAUGUGUUUCCUGAUAUUGUAUUGGUUUUGUUAAGGUUUUUUGUUUUGGUUUUUGUUGUUGAACAUGGAGCGUACCACUGUCCAACUCUUAAGAUUUUCUCUAGCACUUUUUGGCUUUUGUGUCCAUGGGCAUAUUGGAAGUGUUGGUGGCUUUAGCAGUGGAGGUUACCCUGGGUACUAUGAGGCUGGCCUCCCAAUGCAGGAUGAUGUGAAGCAGCAAAGUUCCAGCUGGUAUGACCAAGAAGAUGUAUCGGAUCCCUUUAGGCCACUAAGAUCCAAGGAUUUCACUUAUGGUGCUACAAGUAAUGGUUUACAUAACCAUGUAAGCUAUAGCCCUCAAACUGGCUCCUAUGGCUCUGGUCCAGUGAUAAGUGUAUAUAACAUUGGUUCUGAAUCUGAUGUUAGAAGGCAAAAUCCAGGCUCUCUGACAUCUUCAGGUGGCAGUUUUGUUUCUGGUUCUCUAGCCACUGCAUUCAGUACAAGUGUGAGAAGUAAGACCGUACCCAAGCCAGCACAGCUUGACUAUCAAACUGUAGUGCAGACUAGUAAUGAGUCUGUGGCCUCUAAUAGCCAGCAACCAGUGCAGACUGGCUCCCAGUCCAGUGGUCUACUGUUAGCUAAUGCCCAGUCCUUUGUCAAGCCCCAGAGAAGUAGACUUCAAGUUGGUUCCAAGCUAUUUUCUGGUGGCAGGCCCAUCCUGAGUUCAAGUCUUGGCCAGCAGUCAGCACAAGCCAGCUACCAGUCCAUGCAACAGCCCAGUAGACAAAAAGCAGGACUGACCCGAUACCAGCCUGUCUCUCAGCCCAAUGGCCUGCAGUCAGCACAAGCCCGCUAUCAGUCUGUGCUCCAACCUAGUGCUCUGCAGUCAGCUCGGGCCAACUACCAGUAUAUGCAACAGCCUAGUGGACAAAAACCAGGACUGACCCGAUACCAGCCUCUUUCUCAGCCCAGUGGCCUGCAGUCAGCACAAACCAGCUACCAGUCUGUGCCCCUACCUAGUGGCGUGCAGUCAGCACAAACCAGCUACCAGUCUGUGCCCCAACCUAGUGGCCUGCAGUCAGCACAAGCCAGCUAUCAGUCUAUGCAACAGCCUAGUGGCCAAAAACCAGGACUGACCCGAUACCAGCCUGUCUCUCAGCCCAGUGGCCUGCAGUCAGCGCACAUCAGCUACCAGUCUGUGCAACAGCCUAGUAGCCAAAAACCAGGACUGACCCGAUACCAGUCUGUCUCGCAACCCAGUGGCCUGCAGUCAUCACAAACCAACUACCAGUCAGCACAAGCUCACUACCAGUCUGUGUCCCAGCCCAGUGGACAGUCUGUGUCUCUUCAGCCUGGAUUCCAGCUCCCUUCUAUGCCAGAGCAGUCAAGUUAUGGGUCACUUUCCAGUUUUGGUUCCCAACCCCUAGAGCAACCCAGUAAUGUACAACAAUGUACAAGCUAUGAGUCUGUGUUGCAGCCUGACCUUCAGGAUACAGCACCACUGCGCUCCCCGACUACUCACAACGACCCAAGUGUGGACAGUGCUUGA